AUGCUCCGGCUCUUCUUCGCAGCAUGCGCGGUGCACCUUGCGCCCUCAACAGACCCCGGAGUGCUGGAGCUUGACGAUGAGUGCAAUGCCACUCAGAGUUGCAGCUUCACGGCUCUGCAGCUGCGCUCAGGCGCGCAGGCACAGGAUGAGGUUUACCAAGAUUUCGAGGCUUCUGCCAACAGGUCUCAGAGCAAGGUCUCCUUCAUCUUCACCUACGGGGCAGUGGCCACGAGCAAGGAGCCUUUGGAGGAUCUUUCGCAGCCGACGCGCGCCUUUGCAGGGGUCCGGUGCUACACAGAGACAGUGUACAUGUCCUUCGCGCGGCAGACAGACGCCGGCUCAGAUCUAAAUUUGCUCAUGCACCCCAAGGUUGCGACGUUGGCGCUUCACUUGAACAAGGACUCAGAGUUCUACCCGGGAGCAGGCCGACCGGAUCUCCCUAGGCAUGGCACGGAGGCGAUGCGCAUGCCGUCGGUCGACCUCCAUGACAUGAAACAUUACUUUAUUCGCCUGCAACACCUCCAGCUACAUGGAAAAGAUGCUUCCCAGAUGCCCCUGUUUGCCAGUGCGUACAAGUUUGCGAACCUCGCCUGGGGGGCCUAUGAGAAGCAGAAGCACUGGGAGACGCAGCAGGCAGUGCGCAUGGAGGACUUGAUUCACCAGCAGCUCAUGGGCUGGCGGCUAGUGCACCAUGAGCAGCAGGACACCUUGCAGGCAGUCGACAACAUUUGGAUUGUACAAAGCGAGCAGACUCGGAACUGCAUGCUGGUGUUCGAAGGAACCCAUUCGGUGCAGGAGUUCGAGGUGAAUCUGCGACCAAACACGGAGACAUAUUGUGGGUUUGACGGAGUUCAUGGAGGCUACUCUGACAAGCUCUACUGGCUCAUGAAGUACAGCAUGCCGAAGCUGCGGCCGAAGCUGGCAAAGUGCCAAAGCGUGGCAUGCACAGGGCAUUCGCUUGGUGGCUCGCUGUGUGAAGUUUUCGCGGCCUGCGCAAACUCAGGCAGAAAGGGAAACGCCCACUAUGACUUGCAAGAUUGGACGCAAGGCCGCGCGGAACUCAUGCCCGCUGUCCGACAGAAGGACUUGUCCAGGAACAACUGA